AUGUCCGCGUCACUGCCCGGCAGUCGCGACCUACCGGCCUCUCAGUAUGACCUCUCGACCUACUGGGGUCGUGUCUUGCAAGCGGCACAGAUAACAGAUCCGAGAACCUUGUUCGUCUCCAAGUCGGGCCUCGAACAUGCCAAACAAGUCGUGACGGCGUACAAGACAGGGCAAACAAAGGAGGUGACACCGGAGUUAUGGACGGCCAAAAAGAUUGUGGAUUCAACACUCCAUCCAGAUACGGGAGAGCCAGUGUUUCUUCCCUUUCGCAUGUCAUGCUUCGUCAUCUCCAACCUCGUGGUAACGGCAGGCAUGCUGACUCCCAACCUCGGCACCCGAGGCACAGUCGCAUGGCAGAUAAUUAACCAGUCGCUCAAUGUGGCGAUCAACAGUUCGAACGCCAACAAGUCGUCUCCGCUGUCCACAAAGAUCAUGAUUGAAAGUUACCUCCUUGCAGUUUCCGCAUCCUGCUCCGUCGCCGUGGGGCUCAAUGCUAUCGUUCCGCGGCUGAAGCGAGUGUCGCCCAACACGAAACUGAUCCUAGGCCGGCUGGUGCCCUUUGCAGCUGUGGCGUCCGCCGGUGCGUUGAACGUUUUCCUCAUGCGUGGCGAGGAGAUUCGCCGCGGGAUCGACAUCUUCCCUGUGCAGUCCGAAGCAGAAAAGGCCGAGCGUGAGAAGACGGGUAAGGAGGUUGCCAGUCUGGGCAAGUCGCGGAAGGCAGCCAUCCUGGCCGUGGGAGAGACAGCCAUCUCGCGGGUCCUGAACGCGACCCCGAUCAUGGUCAUUCCGCCGCUCGUCCUAGUUCGUCUGCAAAAGACAGAAUGGUUGAAGCAGAGGCCAAGGAUGGUGUUGCCGGUGAAUCUGGGCCUCAUUCUCACCACAAGUAUCUUCGCGUUGCCCCUUGCAUUGGCGGUGUUCCCACAGCGUCAGGCGGUUGGGGUGAGAAGCCUGGAAAAGGAGUUCUGGGGUCAAGGCGGAGAAGGCGACUUGGUGGAGUUUAAUCGGGGAAUAUAA